ACCUACGUGAAAAAUAUGAGGAGAUCCUGAGCGAGGACAGACAAGAGAACAGGGUUCUCAUACCUUUCACUGGGUGGGAACAGGCUGACAUAUCCAGAAUGGACAAGUGUUCGGUCGAUCCACCGGAUGGUGGCUACGGUUGGGUUGUGGUCACCUCUGCCUUCUUCAUUAUGGGCCUUACCGCUGCUGUCCUGAAGAACUUCGGCCUGUUCUUCCUCGACAUCCAAAGACACUACAGCACUUGUGCCAGCACUACCUCAUGGGUGACCUCAACCACUAUUGCAGUGUUUCAUUUGGGAGCGCCUCUGGCUAGUGCUCUCAGUAUGCACAUGUCACAGCGGACAGUCAUCAUGAUCGGAGGGAUCCUGGCUACUUCAGGGAUGGUUCUUGCUUCUUUGGGCCUCAGCCUGCCGUGGAUGUACGUGUCUAUGGGUGUGCUUCAAGGCCUUGGUAUCUCAUUAUGCUGGAUACCAGCAAACAGCAUGGUCAGCCAUUAUUUCAAACACUGGCGUCCAGUCGCCUAUGCGGUCGCGAGCUCUGGAGAGUGCGUGUUCGCCAUGAUCUUCAGUCCGUUCUUUCAGUGGCUCAUCGAGAUCUAUACGUGGCAGGGGGCCGUUCUCAUUAUCGGAGGUCUGCAGCUGAAUCUGUGUGCGUGUGGUGCUCUGAUGCGACCCCUUCCACCAAACUCAGUCAUGCAAAACUCUUUGCAAGACAAACUGGUGUCGGACUCUAAAUAUCCAAAAAAAGCAGCCGUCACUUUCCAGUGGUCUCUGAUUCAGAGGCCCGAGCUGCUGCUAUACAUCAUGUUUGCCAUCUUGGCCGCAGCUAGUUUCUUCAUCCCCCCUUUGUUUUUGGUACCCUAUGCCAACAGCCGGGGUAUGGAGCAGUACUGGGCCGCCUCCGUCCUGUCAGUGCUGGCGUGUGCAGACCUGCUGGGAAGACUUAUGUGCGGAUGGCUGGCGACCCUGCGGCUCGUAAGGAACCUGCAGCUGUUGACAGUGGUAGUAACGGCUGGAGGUGUGGUGCUACUUCUGUUUCCCAUUGCAGAAAGUUACUGGGGCAUUGUGGUCUUCUCCUCACUGUACGGUUUCCUGUUCGGCUGUGUGGUGGCCAUCCACGUGACAAGUAUUGUGGAUAUUGUUGGACUGGAGGGGUUUGACAGCGCCCUAGGGCUCUUCAUGCUGUUACGAAGCUCUGGGGGAUUUGUGGGACCACCUGCUGCAGGCUGGCUGGUGGACUGGACCAAUGACUUCAGCGCAGGUUUCUAUUUGUCUGGCAUCUGUCUCAUCCUCUCCAGUGUAUUCGUGGUGUUUGUUGACAGACUGGUGCAGAAGAAAAAACUCUUUGUCAAACAAGCAGGUUUAUAUGUUGACACCACAGAUCAUUUAAACAACAAAGCAAACCAUACAGAUGCAUAACGGUCAAUGAAGACAAUGUAGAUCUACUUUAUAUUACAAACUGGGGUUUGUUUAGUUUUGUCGUAGUGCCACUUUUUCGUGAAUCUAUGCAGAGUUUUGCCUUAUACACAUUGUGUUUUGUGUAUUGUUGUCACCUACAUGAGGAUCAGAUCACAUUUGAUGGAAAAUCACAUUAGAAAACCAGUUCAUUCCUAGGGGUUCACAUACUUUCUUACUUUCUUGCCACUGUAUAUUUAUACUUUGAAAAUGCAAAUGGAUUUGUUUAUCACACAAAGUGAUUGUAUUGCAUUAGCAGACUUCUACACAGCAAGAAAGUAUUUAUACCAUAAGUCCUAUCUACUUGAAUAAGUGAAAACUGAUAUACCUAUCACAAUAAAAACACUUAUUUCCAACAAACAAUUAAAGCUGGCAUCAACUGUACCAUACAUUUUGAAAACAUUUUUGAAAACAAGUUUAUAGCAGCUAUAUUGAGCAUUGCAUUUUAGUAUUUGAAUAUACCAAUUGAUUUACUACUGGAUGUCUUAUGUUCUGUUUGGAGCAGAAAAUCGAGUUUGAAAUUACCUGACGAUUAGUUACAGGUUUGUCAUUUAUUGGGUCACCUGUCCCUUUAAGAAUGUGACCUCAUUGUUGCCAUAUUUUAAAGCCCUAACCUAUUGAAAAACUAAACCUCAGACACGACAUUCUGAGAUCCUCUUUCUGUUCUUGAACGGGCUCCAUGUAAUUAGCACCAACAAGCAUAAUCAUGUACAGACAAAACAUUCAGGGAAUGUACAGGGUAUGAAUGUGUCUAUUCUUGUUUUCUGUUAAAUGUGAAAGGUGAAAAAGUACAAUUGUUUUAUUUUACUUAAUUGGUAUAAGCUAAUGCAGUCAGGUUGAUUUACCUCAGCGUGCACACUGCCAGCGAUUUUGGCACUGCACUGUAAAAAGUGAAAGUUGGAUUAGCUUCAAAAUUAUUUCAAUUAACACCUAAACACCUAGUUUUUUUCACCUUAAAGGAAUAGUCUACCCUUUUGCCAUAUUAAACUAUGUUAU